AGUAGCCACACAAUGGUCAUUGAUUCCAUAAUCGGGUGGCUACUGCUUUUACUUGUUGUUUUGCAUCCAAUUUCAGUGGUUAAGGCUCAAGAAGUUGAGGAUGAGCGAGAGUUCGACUACGCGAGGGGGAGCGAGAAAGGACCCGAGAAGUGGGGAACACUACACAAAGAAUGGUCCCUUUGUAACAAGGGCAAAAUGCAGUCUCCAAUCGACUUGUCAAAUAGCCGAGUUGAUAUCGUUCAGAAAUCAAACAAGCUGUCCCGAAAUUACAAGCCAACCACCGCGAUAUUAAUCAACCGUGGCCAUGAUAUAGCGGUUCACUGGGAGGGCAAUGCGGGUUCGAUCGAUAUAAAUGGGACGUCUUACUCACUUCAACAAGCCCAUUGGCACUCACCAUCCGAGCAUACCAUCAAUGGCAGAAGGUACUCGUUGGAGCUACACAUGGUUCAUAAGACCACAGACCCAACCUCCAAACACCAGAUCGCGGUCAUAGCAGUGCUCUACAAAAUUGGAAAACCCAACCCUUUUCUCUCCAAGUUGGUCUCAAAUAUAACGUCGUUAGUGAAACAAGAAAACGAGCACAGACACCCAGGAGUGAUCGAUCCUAGAGAAAUUCAUAUGAGCUGCAGACGGUAUUACAGCUACAUCGGCUCACUCACCGUGCCUCCAUGUACUCAAAAUGUCAUUUGGACCAUUAGCAAGAAGGUGAGAUCUGUGUCACUCGAUCAAGUUAAAUUGCUUCGAAAAGCUGUUCAUGAUCAUGCCCAUAAAAAUUCAAGACCACUGCAACGAGACCAUCUUCGAGACAUCCAACUGAUCGUUCCAAAGAAACGCAACUAAUUCAGAGUAUUCUAUACCUUAAUCAAUUAUAAGAUAACCAUCAAACACGAUAACGAUUGUAAUUGCAUCGUUAUGACGAUGUAUCGAAAUAUAAUAUAUUUUUGUCUUUUCCAUGUCGUGAUUUGUACGAAAUUACUUUUUAAGACAUUAUUGAUUGAUUAAAUAAACAAUGAUAGUUGGUAUGUGUUUAA